AUGGCGACAACGAGCUCCAUGUUUAUGUACAGCUUGACUAUACAGCCACCGUCAGCGAUCACUCAAGCGGUGUUGGGUCAAUUUGCCGGUACCAAAGAGCAACAGAUCAUCACAGCAUCUGGCUCGAGGCUCACCAUCCACAGACCCGACCCUACUCAGGGCAAAAUCUCCCCGUUGUUCACCCAAGACUGUUUCGGUAUCAUUAGGACUUUGGCAGCAUUUCGAUUAGCUGGUAGUAGCAAAGACUAUCUCAUCGUUGGCUCCGAUUCCGGACGCAUCACCAUCCUUGAAUAUGUCCGAGAACAAAACCGAUUCAAUCGUGUGCACCUCGAAACCUACGGCAAGUCUGGAAUUCGAAGAGUGAUUCCUGGUCAGUACCUGGCCGUCGACCCCAAAGGAAGAGCCUGCCUUAUUGCAUCGGUGGAAAAGAACAAAUUGGUCUACGUCUUGAACCGAAAUGCUCAAGCCGAGCUAACCAUUUCUUCUCCACUGGAAGCUCACAAGCCCCAGACAUUGGUCUUCGAUUGUAUAGCGCUUGACGUCGGAUACGACAAUCCCAUAUUUGCCGCACUGGAGGUCGACUACACCGAGGUGGAUCAAGAUCCCAGCGGUCAGGCGCUAGAAGAGGUCGAGAAGCUCCUCGUCUUCUAUGAGCUUGACUUGGGUCUCAAUCACGUGGUUCGAAAAUGGGCCGAGCCUGUCGCUCGAACCGCGACAAAAUUAUUCCCGAUUCCUGGAGGCUCUGACGGCCCCAGUGGUGUCCUGGUUUGCGGAGAGGACAACAUCACUUACCGGCACGUAAAUCAAGAUGCCUUUCGUGUGCCCAUUCCGCGAAGAAGAGGGGUCCUGGAAAACCCCGAACGCAAACGACAUAUUGUGGCGGGAGUGAUGCACAAGAUGAAGGGACAGUUUUUCCUGCUCCUGCAAACCGAAGAUGGUGACCUUUUCAAAGUGACGAUAGAGAUGGUCGAGGAUGACCAUGGCCAAUUAACCGGUGAGGUCAAAGCUCUCAAGCUGAAAUACUUCGAUACGGUCCCCGUGGCCAACAGUCUACAUAUUUUAAAGAGCGGUUUCUUGUUCGUGAGCGGCGAAAGCGGUAACCACCAAUUUUAUCAGUUUGAAAAGCUUGGUGAUGAUGACGACGAGACCGAGUUCUCUAGCGACGACUUUCCGGCCGACCCCACGGAAGGCUACUCACCUGCAUUUUUCCACGUACGGCCCUUGUCUAACCUCAACCUGGUGCAGAGCAUUGAUUCGGCGAAUCCACUCAUGGAUUGUAAGGUCGCCAACCUCCUCGACGAAGAUGCCCCUCAGAUCUAUUCAAUUUGUGGCUCCGGAGCCCGCAGCAGCUUCAAAACUCUCAAACAUGGCUUGUCGGUUUCCGAGAUUGUGGAGUCGGAGCUUCCAGAUAAGCCUGAAGCCGUCUGGACCACCAAAUUACGCCGAGAUGACGAAUAUGACGCCUACAUUGUUCUCUCUUUCCGAACCGGCACCCUUGUUCUCAGCAUUGGCGAGACAGUGGAGGAAGUAACCGACACCGGAUUUCUCUCGACCGCUCCGACUCUCGCGGUGCAGCAAUUGGGGGAAGAUGCCCUAAUCCAAGUCCAUCCCAAAGGAAUCCGACACAUUCGGGCAGACAAACGGGUCAACGAGUGGCCUGCCCCUCAGCAUCGCUCGAUUGUGGCGGCCACCACAAAUGAACGACAGGUGGCGGUGGCAUUGAGCUCCGGUGAAAUUGUUUAUUUCGAGAUGGACACUGACGGAUCGCUGGCCGAGUACGAUGAGAGAAGAGAGAUGACUGGUACCGUCACUUGUCUCAGUUUCGGCGAUGUUCCAGAGGGCCGUGUUCGAAGUUCUUUCCUUGCCGUCGGUUGCGACGACUCCACUGUCAGAAUCCUGAGUCUCGAUCCAGACUCGACCCUGGAAAACAAGUCGGUCCAGGCAUUGACGUCGGCGCCUUCGGCUCUGUCGAUCAUGGCUAUGGCCGAUUCCACUUCCGGUGGAAAUACUCUCUACCUUCACAUUGGGCUCUAUUCUGGGGUUUACCUCCGGACAGUCUUGGAUGAAAUCACCGGAGAAUUGUCUGAUACGAGGACUCGUUUUCUCGGGUUGAAACCAGCCAAGCUUUUCCGAGUCUCAGUCAAGGGCCAGAACGCGGUCCUGGCGUUGAGUUCCCGUCCGUGGCUAGGAUAUACCGACACCCAAACCAACGGCUUCAUGUUGACACCGCUCGAUUACGUCAGCUUGCAAUAUGUCUGGAAUUUCACUAGCGAACAGUGUCCUGAGGGGAUGGUCGGUAUACAAGGGCAAAAUCUAAGGAUAUUCACAAUCGAUGACUUGUCCCGGAAUCUCCUCCAAGAGAACAUUCCUCUUCCCUAUACCCCUCGAAAAUUCAUCAAGCACCCUGAACAUCCAUUGUUUUACGUCAUCGAGGCAGACAACAACGUCCUUGCAACGGCCACUAGGAGAAGACUGCUGGCCGAAUCUACCGCGGUCAACGGCGACGCGGUGGUUCUACCACCAGAAGAGUUUGGGUACCCACGAGGAACUGGUCAUUGGGCGUCCUGUAUCCAGAUUGUCGACCCUGUUGUGACCAAGUCUGUUGUCUUCUCACUGGAACUGGAAGACAAUGAAUGUGCCACGAGUAUUACCGCCGCUCCGUUUGCUGGGCAAGAUGACGAGACGUUCUUGAUCGUGGGUACCGCCAAAGACUUGGUCGUCAGCCCCCGGUCAUUUUCGGCCGGAUUCCUACAUGUGUAUCGAUUUCACGAAGAUGGGAAGGAGCUUGAAUUCAUCCACAAAACCAAAGUCGAACAGCCCCCCACUGCCCUACUCGCGUUUCAAGGACGUCUUCUGGCCGGCAUUGGACCCGACUUGAGAAUCUAUGAUCUCGGCAUGAAGCAAAUGUUACGAAAAUGCCAGGUUCGGGCCACGCCUAAUCUUAUUGUCGGCCUCCAGACCCAAGGAAGCCGAAUCGUCGUCAGCGACAUUGAGGAGAGCGUCUCAUACUGCGUGUAUAAGUUUCAAGAGAAUAAGCUGAUACCCUUCGCGGACGACGUGAUUGCUCGAUGGACGACUUGUUCAGCUAUGGUCGAUUACGAGACGGUCGCAGGCGGUGACAAGUUUGGCAACCUGUGGCUCCUGCGAUGCCCUCCCAAAGCCUCGGAAGAAGCAGACGAGGAUGGCUCGGGGGCCCACCUUAUUCACGAAAGACAAUACCUCAAUGGCGCGCCGAACCGACUCAGCCUUAUGGCACACUUUUUCCCAGGUGACAUACCAACCAGCAUCCAAAAAACCAACCUUGUAGCGGGAGGCCGAGAUGUUGUCUUCUGGACGGGUUUCCAAGGAACACUGGGCAUGUUAGUUCCAUUUGUCAGUCGAGAGGACGUUGAUUUCUUCCAGGCUCUGGAGAUGCAACUUGCAUCGAGCAAUGGAAAUCCGCCUUUAUUGGGCCGAGACCAUCUCAUCUAUCGAUCCUACUAUGCGCCGUCCAAAGGUACAAUUGAUGGUGAUCUCUGCGAAACAUACUUUCUCCUGCCCAACGAUAAGAAGUUUAUGAUUGCCGGAGAGCUAGACCGAUCGAUUCGUGAAAUUGAACGCAAGAUUUCGGAUAUGAGGACUCGAGUGGCGUACUGA